CAUGCUAAUGUGUUGGCAGGGGAGACGCAGCGGUUCAUUCAUCUUCUUCCUCAGAGGUGAGUUAACGCGAAGGUUAUUUUACACGAGGGAGGAAACUGAUUCUGGAGCCAAACGUCACGUUGACAGGAGCUGGGAGGAAAAGAAGAGGUUUUAUUUUGUAGCCUAACAGGAGCUCAUUCUCUUCCAAACAUUACAAGAGAGGUGAAUUCGUCAUGGGUAAACACAACAGUAAGCUGGCUCCGGAGGUCCUGGACGACCUGACCAAGAGCACGGAAUUCAACGAGGUAGAGCUCAAGCAGUGGUACAAAGGCUUCCUCAAGGACUGUCCCUCUGGCAUCCUCAACCUGGAGGAGUUUCAGCAGCUCUAUGUGAAGUUUUUCCCAUACGGCGACGCCUCCAAGUUCGCCCAGCAUGCGUUUCGGACGUUUGACAAGAACGGUGAUGGGACCAUUGACUUCAGGGAGUUCAUUUGUGCCCUGUCCAUCACCUCCAGAGGCAGCUUCGAGCAGAAACUCAACUGGGCCUUCAACAUGUAUGAUCUGGACGGGGAUGGAAAGAUCACACGCAUGGAGAUGCUUGAGAUCAUAGAGGCCAUCUACAAGAUGGUGGGCACGGUGAUCAUGAUGCGCAUGAACGAGGACGGGCUGACUCCUCAGCAGCGCGUCGACAAAAUCUUCUCCAAGAUGGACAAAGACCACAAUGAUGAGAUCAGCCUGGAAGAGUUCAAAGAGGCCGCCAAGUCUGACCCCUCCAUCGUCCUACUGCUGCAGUGUGACAUGCAGAAGUAGAGAGGGAUGGGUGGAGAUGCAGAGGGAGGGAAGGGACGGGGAAAGGGUUGAACUGAAACAGGGAUAUGAGAACAGAGAGGUAGGAGAAGAAAAGGGGGAUGCAGCUGAGGUAGGAGGAGGAGGAGGAGGAGGAGGAGAGAGGUAGGGAAGAUUUUUUUUGUGAGGCAGCGAUGACAAGGAAUGAGCCAUAUUUGGAACAUAAUGAACUGCUGAUUGAUGCCAUUCUUUUCUUCCAACCCAUCCCACUGUGCAGUACACUCCUGCAGGAGAGAUUUACAGAGGAAAUAUAUAGAGGUGCCACUUUCCCACUGUCAGGCCCCCUGCUCCGCAUGUGAGAUUACAAGGCUGUGAGGUGGCUCGAGUGCAAAUGUCAGCUAUCUAACAGUUACUACUACACAAUACUCUUAAUUUUUUAAUUCGUCUUCUUUUUACUUGGGAAAUAACACAAGGUGUGCUGCCCUUUCCAGGAUCUCUUCAUUAUGAGACUUCAUGAAAUGCCUUAUUUCAGUUGUCAUGAGUCUGCACCUGUUGCCUGGCAACCUCACAGUGAUAAAUGACGACGAUUUAAGAAAACCAUUGCUCCUGGCAAAGAAAUAACAACUGGUAAAAGUGCAGCUUCUUGAUUUGUCCGAUUCUUUUUACACCUUUGGACUGAACCAGGCUAGCAGCACCGAUGACAACAUUAGGGUGGUGAUAUACGUAUAAUGUUAUUAGCAACCAAAAAAGAAUAUUUCCCUAAAAUGUCAUUGAAUGUAAGUUCUGCCAACCAGAAUGCCAAUUUCUAAUCACACAUGUGCUGCGGGAUAUUCUGAAAAAAAGAAUAGCAUCAAAUCAACAAAGAGCCUGUUUGGUCCUUAUAGAGCGACAAGAGAGAAACAAAUGUGUUGAUACACAGAAAAUUAUUUAAAUGAACAAUCACAUUAGAUGUGUGUGGGUUAGUCUGUCGUGAGCUGUGUCUCAAUUCAGGGGCCACAUCCUUCAGAGGCUGCACAGAGUGAAGAGUGAAGAGUGAAGAGUGAAGAGUGAAGAGUGAAGAGUGCAUCACAGUGGCACGACUAGGCUAAAACCCCCCAAAGGAGGAGCUCUUCAGAGGCCGGGUAGCCCUUGAAUUUAAACACAAUUAUAGUGUCUAUAACACCAUGAAUGUGUGCAUGUAUGAAUGUGAGAAUAUGUUACAAUCAAAAUACACUUGCCCACAGAUCAAAGUCAGAUCACACUGCCCCACUCCCCGUGUGUGUUUUUGUGUGUGCAGUCGCAUUUCUUAUUACCUCAACGGCAAAAUCCACCACCAGUUACAUGACACUUUCAGAGAGCGUUUCUGAUGGAUUACAAAGCAGCGUCCAGAUGCUUUACACUCCACGUACGAGGCAGGUGAUGAAUGUGUCAGACGACUGCCUCCAGCCGAACGGUUACGCAUGCUGAUGUGUUGGUCAGGGGCUUCUAGCUGCGUCUACAGCUUUUUCCACAUAUGCUAACAAAAUCAAUAUCUUAUCGAAAUGAUUACGCAUUUCAUUCAAGGGACAUGUAAUUAGGUUAGAAUAAAGCCCUGUACCUGACAUAAUGUAAUCUGGAUGGUCCAUGCUCCCUGCAUGGCUCUCCUUAUGGUUUUGUUAGGUAACGUUUGUACUAUAGUUUCUUUCGCAUUCUUCAAAUGAUAUAUGUACUGUUUGCAGAAUAAUGCAGUUUUGCCAGUGCCUAUUCUAUUUAUUUUAAGGUCAGAAUUUUUCUAAUUACUGGCUCACUAAAGAUGCACAUGCACUGAACUCCUUAGAUCCUCCAUAUUUUCUCCCUGGAGGAGUUGCAUGUGUAAACACAAAUGUUUCACAUACAAAUGUUUGGCCCCCUAGUCUUAAAUCAGGAGAAAAUCCUGAGAAUCCAGCAGGGAAUCCCCUGGUGGAUUCACCACAAGCGAGUACGGGGGGUUUGAUGACGAGUCUAACACGCGACUGACGCAAUAAUGAAAAAAGCUAAACGAAAACAAAUACCUCCCUGUGAAAAAGCGGUGACACACACACAGAAGACAGUGAUGAAGAUGUCAAAGAGAGUUUGUGGUGAUAAGAGCUGACAACGGCGCCGGGCUGCUGUAGACAUGAUCACUUGAUCUCCGCAGUGGAAUGAAUACGUCACUUCCUGCCCCUGCCUGCUGCAACCGGCUGCUCCACCACCAAUGGCUGAAGCUACAAUCCAUGAUUAAGGUUGGAAAGUAGCUUCCUUAGAUAUCUAUACAUUUAUCAAAAGUUUAGUAUUUAGCAAAAUCUAAGCUAAAGGAUGUGUUGUCCUUUUAAAGUAAGUUUGAAUUGCAGACCUGAACUAACUAGAGAUUGUGUCGGCAGUAGAACCAGAUAUAGGUAAAACACACAGAGUAAAAUGAGAUGUGGUUUUGCCUCAAUAAGACCAGCAAUUACAGCAACUAAAACCGUGUGGAGAGGGGCGAUAAUCGGGACUGUAAUUACUGGCCCUAUGACAGAAACAGUAUUUCUCAGAAAGGCCAAAGCUGCCUCCAUAAAAAACUAAAAUAACCGUCUCUUCCUCUCCCACAGUCCUGCUCUUCCCCCUUUUGUCUUCCUCCUCUUUAAAUGUCAGAGAGGAAGCGCUUUGAUAAUAGGUGAAGGGAGAGGAACUUUGCUGAACUCAGCUCAGAUCUAAAAUCAAUUCGAAAAAGAGCAAAAGGUUGAAGAGGAAGCUUGUUGUGUGUGUGUGUGUGUGUGUGUGUGUGUGUGUGGUCACCUGUUUGUGCCUGUGAAGGAAAGAUGACAACUUAAGUACCUUGACCUCAAAUGUCAUAAAUUCCCAGCCUGUAGAUUAUAAUUACAACCUCUAUGUAGUCAAGUGGAUCAGCCUAAGAAAUGCAGGGGAACAAAUUGACACAAGAUUUGACUUAAUGCAUAAAAUAUUGUCCAAUAUAAUUUAAAAACAAGUGACUGGUCCUAUUUAACGUCCCUUGUUUAUGUUAACCCAAAUCCAGAAGUGGCGGAAUGAUCACUCUGAUUAUAAAAUUAAGCGCUGGACAAUCUUUAGUCUAAUCUGAGUUCUGUGUUGUGCCCUCUACUGGAACUCUCCAGUAACACCGGUAGGUCCAUGACGCAGCCGGUUGCCCCAGUGUACGUGUGGUUGAACAGAAGCCCUUACUGGCCACAGACCAUUGUGGGGUUCUUUUGUGGGUGCGUUAGCUGUCUCAUCAAGCAUUUGACUUCUCUCCUGUCAGUGAAUCAGAUUUAUCUCCUCCUCCUCACUCAGCCAAUGAGAGCCCUCGCUUCCUAAAGCUACAGAAGGAGGCCCCAUUUGUUUGAUAAUGUAACGAUAAAACUACAUGUACAUUGUAAUACAACUGUAAUCGUAUUUAUGAAUAUAAACUAAUAUAAGAUGUAAAUGUACCACUAGCUUAGACCUAAUUUCAUAUGACGACUACUGUGUGCGUGUGUGUGUGUGCGUGCGCACUUGAGAGAGAGUGACAGAGUGAGUCUGACUAACUGUGAGUGCUUGUGAAAGCUCAGUGUGUGUGUGUGUGUGUGUGAGACACUUUUGUGAGUGCUCACAUGUGUUUUGUAUUUGUAUCAUUUGUGUGACAAGAGAUGCCUCAGUCUGGUUGAACUUUGUAAAGAUUUGGGUGGAAACCCUCACACUGAAGUAUUAUUACUCACACCUACACUUGCUUUUGUGGUCCGCUGGUACACAUGUGGCUCUUGUUGCUUUGUUUGCUGUAGCAGUUUUAACAAGUAACCGUCACAGGCAGACGUCAGAGUUGACAGGUCAAUAGGCAGCGGGGGGAAUAGAAUGUCAUUUGAACUAUUAUACAGCCGUCCUUUGUUUACAUGUGAUGAACACGUCUGAAGAUCAAGACUAGCAACAUGAUAUGAUAUGAACCACUUAACCCUUGUGCAUCCUUUUGGACAUUUCUUUCUUUUCACUUUUUCUUUAUCAUGUUUGCUUUGUUAAUACAUUUGUGUCUAUGUGGACACAAGACAGUCACCCUCAGGAAAAUGAUCCAAUCAAAUUUGUUGAUCCUUCUGCCAAUUAUAGAAUCGAAUUUACUGGUGUCCACUCGGGUUAUUGAUGCUCUAUUAUUUUGUAUCACUCUAGGCCAAAAGGAAAUAUGUAUUUGCUACUAACAGAUGUUUCUAAUUCGGUGUGUUUACCUCUUCCGCAAAAAACGUUCCCUUUUAAAGGUUAUUGUAACUAAGUAAUAGAACAGCACGAGUAUGAAUACAGUGAGGAUGUAAAGAUGGAGUCGUACGCAGGUUUUCUUCUCUCCAACAAACUCCAUGUGUUUCUGAUCCCAUGUCUAUAUGAGCUGAGAGCAAGUGGAUCUGAUGACACUACUUAAGAUGAUUUGACAAAAUAUUUGCCGUUAGCAUUUAGCAUAUGGGAGCUGAAUCAUAAAAACUGGGAUUUGAGUGUAAGUUUGGUAAAAGGAUGCACAAGGGUUAUACAGGCUGUAUGCAACCUCACCAUCUUAGCUUUCUCGUAACAAAUUCAAAAAGUGGAAAAUGUUUUCUACUACACAUCAAGUUUUCCUCUAUCACUAAUUCCCAUCCUUUAGCACUUGGCUAAUAAGUGUAAAUGUGGCACAAAUGCAGAUCUUCGUAACUGAGACAAAUGAGUCAAGAAGCUAAACUUAACCCGAAAUGAAAUUGCUUUUAUGGAAAAUGUGUAAAGCUGAAAUUAUAAAGUGAAGAGAUAAAAAACAAAAGAGACAACUGUUUUAUACAGCAUUUAGAACUAUUGGAAUGAACUGCAAAAAUGAAUCUUUCUUUUAAAAGUUCAGAGUUUAAAUUUACUGACUUAGGUCAGUGAUUAGCCAGUGAAAAUAGUAGAGCUACAAGGAUGCAGAAAGAAAGACAUAUUGGACAUAUUUUUGUCCCCCAUGUGUUUUGCUGUCUCUUCACUACCAUGUAUAAUGGUCAUUGUCUUGUUCAGGCUUCAGCCGACGUCGGGCGAUGUGCUGCAAAACAGCUUUGAUUAGAACAGAUUGGUUCACAAAGUGGCUUCACAAUGUUUUGAUCUCCCUUCUCCUCCGCUCAUUAGCUUUCUGUCCAUCUUCAUCAGCUUUGACUUUCCUAUCCAAGUCACAAAAGUGUUUUUGUUUUGAUUGUUUUCACAUCUGUUGGGUUUUUUUCAUGUAGAAUCCAACUCAACAACAUUGACUCUGCAGAUGUAAUGUGCCAAAGAUGGGGUUGUGUUGCGUUAGAAAAGCUGAAGUGUGUUGUUGCUUUGGUUGUAUCAGGUGCAGUUAGACAUGUUGUGUGUCUGCAUUGAUCACAUAUGAUGCAGCUCAUCAGUCCUCAGAGAGAUCGGGACAGACGCUCUGAGCUGUUUGACGUUAACAUGAACACGGAUAUUGUACCUUUUUUUUGACAGGGGACCAUUUGUGCUCAGUUGUGCAAUAGAAUUUCAUCAUUCAACAUUUCUCUAUGACGUUGAUGUAAAUGUCUUUUGGUCGGAUGAUUUUGCGUUGGUUUUCUUUUCAUUUUCAAUAUUGUCACUGUAGGCGUCUAGAAC